GUUCCAAAUUAGGGCUUUGUUCAUUUUCUCAAUCGAAUCUCGAAAUUUUCCGUGAGAGAAGAGAUGGAGAGUGAUGAUCUAUCACUGAUAGAGAUUAAUGGAGUAGAUGAUGAUUUAAUGUCAGAUACAUCGUUGAUUUUGAAAACGGAGUUCAAAAACCCGACACCAACAACAACUCACAUUGCAAAUCUUAACGAUAAUGAUGAGAAUCUCAUUGAUUUCUCAUGCUCUCCACUUUAACUUGAUAGAUCUACUAAUAAUCCGGUCUAUCAUUCUCGAUUUCAACCUCCUCCUGUGGUAAUGAAGGAUAAGGGUGAGAGUUCUACUACUACUUCUACUACGGUUAAUUGUUCAUCACCAGCAAUGUUGAAGAGUAAUGAUAAAGAGAACUUAAAUGACCAGAAUCUAAGCUUAAGGAGUCCUUGUGAAGAUCCUCAACAAACAAAAAGGAGGAAAAAGCGUGGGGGAUACAAUUUGAGGAAAAGUUUAGCUUGGAAUAAAGCUUUUUUUACUGAUGAAGGUGUUUUGGAUCCUUCGGAAUUGUCUAGACUUAGUAAACCUAGUCCUAGGCUACUGUCUAGUCCUAUGUUGUUGUCUAGUGUUGCUGAAGAAGGAGGUAGUUCUUUUCAUAAAGGAGCAAAAGUGAGGGGUGCUGAAUUAGAUUUAAAUUCCGUUAGAGGAAAUUUGUUCAGUGGAUCACCUAAGAAGCCACCUCUAAAUGAAGGUCGAAGGAUUACAAGUGAUUCAAUGUCUAUGACCCAUUCUUCCGCUCCAAAAGCUGCAUCUCCAAUAACUCUGGCUUCAAGAAAGGUGCAGCUGACCAAGGCACCGCCUGGAAGUGUGUCUCCAGGUGGAGGUUGUCCAAGACCCUCCACUUUAUCUUCAUAUCCUUCCAUUAUUGUUUUCAAUCGUAUUGUCUUUAAUAUGAGGCUUCCGAAUGCAAAUACAGUAAAUAGAACAGUUAAAGAUUCCAAGAUUCCAAAACCCACUAUUCUAAAGGCAGAAUCUUCUUCAGUUUCUACAAUAUCCAAGAACACUGCUGUGGGUUCAAAAGCCUCAAAGCUGGAUCGAAAUCUUCCACCAGUUAUUGCAGACAAAAGUGUAGGACUGAGAAGAGGGUCUUCAUUGAUUCCUGAGAAAAAAGCCAACUCUGCAUCCUCCUCCUCCAGUAGGCCAUAUGUACUUCGUUCAAGUAAAACUUCGGUAAAUUUGUCUAAGGAUAAGCAUUUAUCAACUGAUUUACGGCCUCCACAGCCUGUAGAAGGUACUAAGAUUGGUCAGAAGACGACUCCACAUCCUGUUCUCUGUGCUGAUAAACAUAAUGCAGUAGUUACUGAAUCUCGUGCUGAAGUUGACAAUCCUGCGGCACAUAACACUAACUGUAUUAGUGAGGAUAUUCCAAAUCCACAAACUCAACCUACAAAAAUAACUGGUUUGCGGAUGCCUUCGCCAUCACUUCGAUUCUUUGACCAGCCAAAAUCUUCAGCUUCUCAAAGCAAUCAAUCAGUUAAUGCUCAAUUAAGCAAUCAUCGAGACUCGGGUAUUCCUAUUGCAAGGAAACGUAGUCAAUCAAACCGUGUUGUGGAGCCGAAACCUCUACUUAAACUGGAUGAGACUGCUAGACUGUCAAAAGCUGAAACUACUAAAGUUGAAGUAAAUGCCCUAAGCUCAACUUCGAAGUGUUCGAUUCCGCCUGCUGCUAGUAUUGCUUCAUAUACAAAGUUGAAACCAAAGAUUGAACCAAGCAAUGUGCAGGUUGAAGCAAAUGUGUCUGCUUCCAUGAGUUCUUUUAACCAGACAAGCAGUCAAGAGGAAUCAUAUAAUCUUAAUACUGAUGUUGAUAAGCAGGAGGUGAAGGAAGAAAACACAAGGAGGGACACACAUGAUGAAGUUGGUCAGCACAAGGUAAACCUGGGCUCGGAGCUAACUCACACAUCUGUAUGCCACACAUCUCCUGCAAUGGUCCAAAGAGAUAAACAUGAUGAAGUUGAGUCAAGAUUGCAUGAUGUGCACAUGGGUAUGGAGCUGAGUGGAAACCAAUUGCCACAACAUGCUGGAUCUCCUGAACAAUUCCAAAUGGAUGACCAUCCAGAAAAGCAAGAAGUUGCCAGGAAUAACAAAGAUGGUGAAGUUGAUCAGAUUAUGCAUGAGGUAAACCUGGGGUCGCAGCUAAAUACAACAUCUCCUGUAUGUCAUAAAUCUCCUGUACAGGUCCAAAAUGAUGAUCAGCUUGAUAAGCGAGAAACUGCUGUGAAUAAAAAACAUGAUGAUGUUGAGUCAAUAAUGCAUGAUGUGCACAUGGGUAUGGAGCUGAGUGGAAAUCGACUGCCACCAGAUGCUGGAUCUCCUGAACAAUUUCAAAUGGAUAACCUUCCAGAAAACCAAGAAGAUGUCAGAAAUAACAGAGAUGGUGAAGUUGAUCAGAUUAUGCAUGAAGUAAACCUGGGAUCGCAGCUAAACAAAACAUCGCUUGUAUGUCAUACAUCUCCUGUACAGGUCCAGAAUGAUGAUCAGCUUGAGAAGCAAGAAAUUGCUAGAGACCAGGACCAUGUUAAAGUUGAGCAGAUUUAUCAUGGCGUACAAAUGGGCUUGAAGCUGAGUGACAACCAAUCGCCACUACACGCGGGAUCUCCUGAACGGUUCCAAAAAGGUAACCAUCUUGAGAAGCAAGAAGAUGCCAGAGAUAAUAUACAUGAUGAAGUGGAUCAGAUUAUGGAUGAGGUUAACCUGGUGCCGCAUCUUAGCCCAUUGACUGCAUGCCCUAUAUAUUCUGAACAAGAACACAAAGAUAGUCAUGUUGAGAAGCAAGAAGAUGCCAGGCAUCACAUACAAGAUGAAGUUGAUCAGAUUAUGCAUGAGGUAAGCCUGAGGCCAGAGCUGAAUAAUCAAUUGCUUGCAAGUGUUACAUAUCCUGAACAGAACCAAGCACAUGAUGAUUUUGAGAACCAACAAGUUGCUUCCAAUCACAUUCGUGAAGAAGUUGCUGCAAAUCACAUUCCUGAUGAAGUUGUACCGGUAUCACAUGAAGUGGACAUGGAUUUGGAGAUGAGUGAUGAUGACCUAUCGCCACUAUGUACUGGUUAUCAUGGUGUGAGCCAGGGAUUGGAGAUGUGGGAUGUACAGAAAGACACAUGUGUCUCUAUUCCCAGUAUACAAUUAGGUGAUGGUGAUGACAACAGUGUUGCAUGUACUUCAGCAGCGAAUGUUGAAUGCUUAGAAGUUGCUCAUUCUGUCAAUGGAGAAUUGGGUGAAGUAGCAGAGUUGAUAAAUCAAUGCCCAGAUGAACUAGAGAAAAGUAGGUCCGAAGAAUCCCAAGCAAUCCAUUACUGUGGGAGUAUUUCUGAUGUUCAAACCCCAGUAGGUCUCGCAACGCAACUAAAAGAAAGUUGUUUAAAAGUAAGCAGCAUAGAAAAGAUCCUACAACUUCAAGCUAAUAAUUCUCAUUUUGAGCCUCCAAGUCAUCUUCCAGAUCAGUGUGAUAUCAGUCAGAAUUGUUGCCCAGAAGAUGUCAAUAAACAGGCUGAGGAACAACUACAAGUUGGAAAGCCAUACCUUAACGAACUUGAGUUGGUUCUGCAAGAAAACCAUCAUAUGUCGCCGAUGAAGGGUAGCACUUCACUCCUAGAUGCGGAGGAACACUUUGUAAAGCCUUGUCCUAGCGAAGUUAAAGUUGAUCACAUGUUGGAGAUUAAUGAUAGCACAUCAUUCCAAAAUGGGGAAAGAUUGAAUUCUACAGAACCUUUACCUAAUGAACUUGAUGCAGAUCAGCAAGAAGGAAAUCCUCUCUCGGAGAUCAAUGAUAGUACUUCACCCUUAUAUUCCGCGGAUCAGCUAAAUGAUAGAAGAUAUUCCUCUAGUGGAGCUGAGAUUGAUUUGCAUGGUAGAUAUCCUGCGGUGAAUAUGAGUGAUAGCGCAUCAAUACUAGAAUCUGUAUCUUCUAAAGCAUUAGAGAAAGGUAAUACAUUAGGCUUGCUAACUAUUACUCAUGAUAGUAUCGUUUACGCCAGCAUGGAAACAACAUAUCCUAGUGGAAAUAUGUGUGGAAGUUUGCAACUGGAAGAACGUGAUGCUAUGGAUGGCAGCAAGAUCGAGCAUCCUCUUGAAGAAGUUGCAGCUUUCCAGUGUUUAGAGAGUAAACUCCUAGCUGAAAAUCAUGAAUCUCCCUGUGACACACCGAACAAGUAUCCAUCAGAGCACAAAGUUAAUGCGGGCUUGCAAUCUACUUUAAAGAUCAGUGAAGACCAAACUGCAAAUUCAGUAGCCACUUGUGUUACUUCCAAUGGUUUUACGGACAAUGAUCUGAAGAACUGUAUCUCAUUGGAGAAAACCCAUACUACUCCUGGAAAUAGUGGAUCUCCAAAUGGUGAACUUCAAUGUGAGCUCAAAGAUGGUGUGCUCCCCAAAAAGUCCGAGGCAUCAAUCAUGGGAAGCAAAGGAAAUUCUCUUGAAGUCCCAAAUAAAGAUGCUCUUGCGUUGAAGUAUAAGCUGAAUGCUGUUCCAUUUUCCGAUGAAUGGCUAGCUGCUCUUGAAGCUGCUGGAGAGGACGUUCUAACCAUGAAGACGGGUGCAGUACAGAACUCACCACCUGACAAGCCUGUUCCAGAGCCCAGUCCUUGGUCCCCGGUCAAACGCAAGCACCAAGAGAUAGGACCAUUUGACUGCACAAAGUGUACCAAUCUCCCAGCACCUCCCUUAAACUGACUCACCACCGACCGCAGCAUUGAUCAUUCUUUUGUUUCGCUAACAGUUUGUGACUGAUUCAAAACAACUCACUCUUAUCUCUCUACAAGAAAGAUUUGUAGUUUUUAUAUUUUGCAAUCUUUCUGGCCCUUCUCUCUCUCUCUCCAGGGAAGAACUGUACAUUUUAGAAAGCGCAAUAAAAAAA